UAGCCGGACAGCAGCAGAAGUCUGGAGGUAAAUGCUCAGGAGGGCUGCCCGCUUAUAUCGAAGAGGGAAAUUAGCUGCUAUGCUGGUCUGAAGAAACUACGCGCUGACACAUCUGUAAUACCGGACACGGAGCCACACAAGAACAUUUCAUUCAUUCAACAGCAGAGAAAGUUUUCCCUGAUGGAAGUUGAAUGUCUCGCACUCAAAGACCUCACAAGUCCAAGGAAAAGUUUUACGGUGGGGUCGGAGGAGAAUGGGGGCCAAAGUGAACAAAAGGAAAACAUCUGCACAGAGAAGAGAAGAUCCACGCCUCUGAAAUCUGCUGAGCCUACCAUCCCCAAUUUACUAAUAAGCAGAAAAGUUGCCACCCCCGAUCUGACCCACAUCACCCCCAUCAAGCGUUCAGCCCUGGCCGAGCCCUGGACACCCACGGCCAAUCUGAAGAUGCUGAUCAGCGCAGCGAGUCCAGACAUUAGAGACCGAGAGAUGAAAAAGGUGCUGUUUAGACCCAUAGAGAAUGAGAAGGACAAGCCAGCAAGUCCCAAUGCUGCGAUAGUAGAUACGGAGGUGGACGAUUCUUAUCAGUUUGAAGCUGUGGACGAAGAUGAUGAGGCAGAGAAGAAGCCGAGCAGGAAGCAGAAGAGUCUGGGUCUGCUGUGCCAAAAGUUCCUGGCCCUUUACCCCGAUUACCCUCCACCACACAGCCCCAUCUGGAUCUCACUGGAUGAGGUGGCAACCAGUCUGGGAGUGGAACGGCGCCGUAUCUACGACAUCGUCAACGUGCUGGAGUCUCUGAUGAUGGUCGGCCGCAUAGCCAAAAACAGCUACACCUGGUACGGACGCCAGCAGCUGGACGCCACGCUGGAGGAGCUGCAGCGGAGGGGCCGGCAGCAGGGCUACCACCUCCAGAUGGAUCUGGCUAAGCUAAAUGGUUCAGCAUCAGUUAAACACCAAACAUGUAAAAAUUUAAAUGCAGCUGGUGGCAACAGGAAAGACAAAUCUCUGCGCAUCAUGAGCCAGAAGUUUGUCAUGCUGUUCCUGGUGUCCAAAACUCAGACUGUUACCCUGGACGCAGCAGCAAAGAUCCUCAUCGAGGAGAGCCAGGACUCAUCAAGUCACAGCAAGUACAAAACUAAGGUGCGGCGGCUGUACGAUAUCGCCAACGUCCUGACCAGCCUGUGCCUCAUAAAGAAGGUGCAUGUCCGCGAGGAGAGAGGCAGGAAGCCGGCCUUCAAGUGGCUCGGCCCCGUCGACUUCAGCAACUCUGGAAAUACCGCUGUAAUGCCGCCUGAAGCCAGACAGCCAAUGGCAGGCCACGACCUCGGAAAAGCCAAGAUGGCACGCCACGCCUCCUUCAACAUCACACCAACUUCUGUGGCCAUCCAGCGGCAGGUCAACUCCGCCCCCAGCAGCCCACGGCGAGAACUAACAGGUCUGGCCAAUCAGCCUGUGGAUUAUUCCAGGAAGACUACAAGCAACAACGCAGUGUGUCGACUGCAGUUUGGGAACAGCUCUGAUAACCAGCCCAGUGCAGCCCUGCAGACCAACAUCCAGCUGCCUCUGUCCUCCACUCAGUCCACCCCGCUGGCACCCUCCCUCCACCCCGAGUACCUCCUCGCCUCUUCCUCCUCCUCCUCCUCCUCCUCCUCUCCCCACUGCUUGGCCUACCUGCCCAGCCUGUCUCAGCCCUCGCUGGUCAUGCUGUACCGGCCGCUGGACAAGCCCGAGCAGACACCUGAAGGUCAGAGGUCACCCAGGAUGGAGUCUGAGGAGGGGAGGAAGAGGAAGAGGGAAGAGAAAGAAGAAGACAAGGCAGUGGUAAAAAAGAAGGGAACAUCUGGAUUAGAAGAAUGUGACAAGGUGAGAGCUGAAGCUCACAGGGAAGCAGGGGAGUGUCCACAGAUGGGUGCCACCAGGACGUCUCCCAGUCACCCAUCAGGCCUCUCCAGAGCGCUCGAUGAAAGUCACGGUGGCAACAACAGCAGCGAGGCCGCCCAGCCGUCACACUACCUCUACGUCCCCAACAGCGCAGGUCUGAACAGCCUCAACCUCUUCCUCCCUGCCGCCCAGCCACCAGCCAGUCUAGCACUUCCUCCCAGCGGCGUUCCCACCCUGGCGCUGCCCUACGUCCUGGUGCCCUCUGCCGCCCUCUCCCACUACCCCCUGGUCGCCAGCAUCUGCCCGCUGUGA